UAAAGUUUCAUACUUUUUUCUUUAUCAGAACUUUGAUAACUCUAGGAAGCAUGUACAGUUCUCGAUCUUAAUUGCCACUAGCUCUUGACUUCGGUCAUAGUCAGUAUCGUGCUAGCCCUCGUUCGAACCACAUUUAGACCACUUGUCUGCAAAGAGAUUCAAUUGAGAAUUUAAAAUGGCUACAGUGAUACCCGACAAGAAUGAUGUUCGAGUUAAGGCUCUCCAAACAUUUGCUAAGGAAUUUGGAGAAGAUGCAACUGUAUGCGUCUGUGCACCUGGUCGGGUUAACUUAAUCGGAGAACACACGGAUUACAAUGAAGGCUUCGUUUUACCAAUGGCCCUUCCAAUGAUCACUGUGAUUGCUGCAAGGCCUAAUCAAUCCCCAAAGUGCGUUCUUAUCACGAUGAGCGAUGCGAUCGGUACUAUCAGCCGGACAGAAUUUGAUAUAAGUAAUAGGGAUGCUCUCAAACCUGGAGAACCAAAAUGGGCAAAUUAUAUUAAAGGGCCGAUUGCAAACUUCACAUGCACUCUACCCGGGUUCGAUGCAGUAAUUAUAUCCAGCGUACCAGUCGGUGCUGGGUUGAGUAGCUCGGCAGCUCUAGAGGUUGCGACAUAUACGUUAUUGGAGGCUCUCAGUGGCUGUCGAACUGUCAAAUUAAGCGACAAGGCAGCGGCGUGCCAACGAGCGGAGCAUGAAUUUGCUGGCGUACCAUGUGGGAUAAUGGAUCAAUUUAUAUCUGUGAUGGGUCAGGAAGGUCACGCGCUGCUUCUCGAUUGCAGAGAUCUGAGUACCAAGCUUAUUCCAAUGGUGCAAAAUGACUACGUCUUUUUAAUAACAAACUCAAACGCCCCGCACAAGCUUUCCACCAGCCAAUACACAGAGCGUCGUGACGCUUGCUAUGCAGCUGCUAAGAAAUUGAAUCUGAAAAGUUUGCGAGACGCAACUAUUAAGGAUUUAGAUGUUUUGAAGGCACAGAAGGCAGACGAGGUACUAAUCAAAAGGGCGCGUCACGUGAUCACAGAGAUAAUCCGAACCCAAGCCGCUGCUCAGGCGUUGGAAGCAAGUGAUUUCGUUAAGUUCGGCCAUUUGAUGAACGAGAGUCAUGACUCUCUGCAAAAGGACUACGAGGUGUCGUCCAAGGAACUGGACUCCCUCGUCUCCGCAGCCAGAGAGAUAGACGGUGUUUUGGGUAGUAGGUUGACCGGAGCUGGCUUUGGGGGCUGCACCGUCACCCUGGUCAGAAAAGGAUCUGUGGAUGAGCUCAUCAAGAAUAUCAAGCAGAAAUACUCGGGCACCCCAACAUUUUACGUAGCGACGCCUGGCCCAGGAGCCAGAGAGAUGGGAAUUAACUAUUGCAAGUGCACCGACGAGCUUCAUUAACCGACAAUGAUUGUUGAUCUAGUAAAUUGCCAAAGAAUUAAUUAAUCUUGUGUUCUAUUUUAUUAGUCUCUCGAUGUGAUACGCUCAAAAUCAAAAUAAAUAUAUAUUUUUGCCGUAAAAA